GAAUAUCAUAGCAUCUGUAUAUUAUAGUUAUUUGAUGAAUUUAGAUUGUUUAUAUGGUCAUACGACCUAAUUUCUCUUAAUAUAACCCAUAAAUCCAUUUGUUCGACCAAAAAAAAAAACCCAUAAAUCCAUUUUAGUCUCCGAUUUGGGAACCUCCGAGAGAGGUAGAGACUUUACACGAAUUGGCAAAAAAAGCAAAAGAUUUGGCGAAACGUCCGUCCUCUUUGGUCUCUCUUGGCAAAUGCGUAGGGUUUAACUCCAAAACCAAAAAACCUCUCCGUCUCUGCUUUGAAUUAUGCGAAGAUUGAACUGGGUCCUGGGGCAUUUACAAGCACGAAGAACAUUUGAUUCCGCUUUAGGAUUGCGACCAGGGUCUCAGAAUCCGUUCUUCGAGCGCUACAUUCACGCUACAGGAACAUCCUUUUCCAGUGCUCGUAAUUACUAUGAUGUUCUUGGUGUUUCUCCGAAAGCUACCAGGGAGGAGAUUAAAAAGUCAUUCCAUGAGCUUGCAAAAAAGUUCCACCCUGAUACGAAUAGAGAUAAUCCUUCAGCGAAAAGGAAAUUCCAGGAAAUAAGAGAGGCCUAUGAGACUCUGGGAAAUACUGAAAGAAGAGAAGAAUAUGAUAAGUUGCGCUAUCGAAGUUCGGAUUAUGUAAAUAAUGACGGUGGUGAUGCAGAGAGGUUCAGACGAGCCUACCAGUCCAAUUUCUCGGAUUCGUUCCACAAGAUUUUUUCUGAGAUAUUUGAGGACGCAACUAAUCAGCUUUCAUCUGAUAUUCGGGUGGAACUGUCGCUUUCUUUUUCCGAAGCUGCAAAAGGGUGCAAAAAGCGUUUGGAUUUUGAUGCAUAUGUCUUUUGUGAUUCCUGUGAUGGGCUUGGCCACACUCUUGAUGCUGUGAGGGGAGCUUGUCCAACAUGCAGGGGCGUUGGACGAGUAACCAUUCCUCCUUUUACAGCACCAUGCCACACGUGCAAGGGGUCGGGACACAUUGUUAAGGAGUACUGCAAGUCUUGUAGAGGAUCCGGUGUUGUGGAAGCCACAAAGACGGUUGAAGUUGAGAUCCCUGGGGGGGUGGAGUCUGAAGCUACCGUCCUAAUCAAAGGUGCUGGUCAUGCAAGAUCAAGAACAAGUCAACCUGGGAACUUGUAUAUCAAAUUUAAGGUUGCUAAUGAUUCGACUUUCUCUAGGGAUGGCUCAGAUAUUUAUGUGGAUGCUAAUAUUAGCUUUACACAAGCCAUUUUGGGAGGCAAAGUUGUGGUGCCAACACUAUCAGGCAAGAUAGAGCUAGAUAUACCAAAGGGGGUUCAGCCUGGCCAACUUCGUGCUUUAAGAGGCAAAGGACUACCGAAAGGGGGGUUUUUUGUAGAUCAUGGAGAUCAGUAUGUGCGAUUCCGUGUUAACUUUCCCACCCCUAGUGAACUUAGCGAGCGUCAGCGUGCUAUACUGGAAGAAUUUGCAAAGGAAGAAAUCAACAGUGAAUUGAGUGGUUCUACUGAAGGAAGCUGUAGAAGAUUUAGUGAUGCUUAUAUGUUACUGGUGGAAUUGGACGGGUCCUCAGUUCAUACGCGAUUUCUCGAUAAUGGUGCUGCUUGCGAUAUUGUUGACCAAGUUAAUGGGAUGAACCCACCACCACGACAGAUGAAAAAGCUAAAAGCAAUCAGCAGACGAACGACAACACAAGACUAAUUUCAUCUAUUGCUGGUAGAACAAACAGCGUAACAAGAAGGGGUCAUAAUUUUGACCUCAGAUUUGAUCACAAACUCAUUUGAUAUGGUAAAGAAAAAGGAAAAACACUUCUUCGAGUUGUUUUUUUUUUGGCAUACUAGUUCCAAGUUGUUGUUACACAUCCUCUUAUCUAAUAACAGGGAUGAAACCAAAUGAAUUCACUCUAUGAUAUGUCUUUUAAAGAAAGAAGCUAAUAUUCAUAGUUUAACACUCGCUUAUGGUUCUGGGCAAAGAAGUCAGUUCAGUCUCCUGCUGAAUUCUCUUCUUAUCCUUUUCGGCUUUGAUCUCACCAUAAAAAUAAGAGACAAAACCCCAAAGGGAGAGAGCAAGAGAAAGACCCUUCUCUGCUUGGAACUUUUCAUGGUAGAAGAUAACAGCUAAAACCUCUGUGAUGGGCAAAAGGACCGAUAUCAUAAUACCAGAGACCAGAGAAGAUGCGCAGAAGAUCAAUCCAAUGGCUCCCAAGAAGAAUCCUUGCCAAAUUAUGGCUGAAAAGACAGCCACCACAUAGAACAUUGUCUCUCCAAGCUUGAAGUCUCUUGCUUCUUUUGGUAAGGCCUGCACAUCACCGGCGAUGAACAUACCGACGACGCUGACUAAAGAAGCAAGGAAGCACAAAAUCAACUGGACCUCUAGCACGAGCGUAUAGCUCAUGGGCUGCUUAGCUUUCUGGUAAGCAAGCUCAACCAAUGGCAAGAUAAAAGCAUACAUAACAGCUGCUGCCACGGUCACCAAGAACCCAAUGAUGUAUUGCUUGUGAGUCUCGUGAACCGGCUUAUCAGUUUCGGUAUGCAUUCCCAAUACAGCAGCUCCAACAGUCAACAAAACAACAGCGUUGAUGGUGAAAGGAGUGAACUUGUGGUGGACCAUGAAAUACGAGAAGAUGGCUAUGAAAGCUAAUUGUGAAGCAAUGAUAAGAGCAGCUGUUGAAACUGGGAGAUAAGCUAUGCCAUAUGCGUACAAGUAGUUAUCAAAGCCCGAGAGAAUUCCUAUCAGAGCAGCCGCUAAAAGGAGACGAGGUUUAAUGAGAAAGAAACUUGAAUUUCCGCCUUCGUUGUUGUUGCUUCUUCGCCGGUGAACGUAGGAGACGAGCAGAGGGAGGAAGAUAACUGGAAAGCCUGCGGUUUCAAGAAAAGUAGAGAACCAAAUCCUUUUGCCACCAUUGUUGAAGUAGAGACGCAUAAUCAGAGGACCUCCACAGUUUCCUAUGGCUAAAAUUAUGCAGUUUAUGAUCACAAGAGUCGUCCCCAUUUUUGCCCUUGUUGCUUCUGAUUUCCUGCUGUCUUUUGCUCCAAGCUUGUCUGUCCUGUCUGUAGAUCUGUUUUUUGUUUGUUUGUUUGACCUAGCGAGCCUCAUAUGGUUCAAUUAUGUGAUUUUUCCUAUUUUAUCUCCCACAAAUUCAGCUAACAGAGUUUAUGUUCAUUGUUCAGUAUCAAAACGUUGUAAUUAUCUAACAGUGAUAUUAAUUCCGUAUAACGUAUAUCCCAUAGUCCAUUGACUCCAUUCCCUGAUUUUAUCUGAAAUUCAAUAGUUUGGAAUUAGAUUUUGUUCUUUCUAAAU